AUGAAUACUUCAGAUUCAAGCUUCACUUCGUCAUCCAGUACAUCACAAAAAAGUGUGGACGGUCUAAUGAGAUUUUCAGUUAACAAAGGUUUAAUUGAAAAAUCUGAAAACCAGGAGAUAGACUCUAUCCAACGCGUCACUGUAUAUGACCACAAUGUAUUUGAAGCAGGUGUUAUUGAACAAGCUAAUGAUGCUUUAAUUAAACACAAAACUGUUCAGAUAAAGGCAGUUAAGGAGCGACUUUCUGCCUUGGAUGAUGAUAUUAAGUUUGCUCAAAACGAACUUGAAAAAAUGGAACAACUACUUGAUAAUUUACUCAGUGAAAUACCAAACGAAGGGUCUACUAACCGUUUGGAAAAUAGAAAAAUACGUUCAUUAGAACUAGAAAUAGAAACAAAGAUGAAGCAUAUUGAUACUUUGUCCUCUCGCAAAACCGCCUUAAUUACCAAACUGUCCACCCUUGAAAAAACCUUUCCAAAUAACAGUACACCCGAAACCGAGAAAAGUGAAUCAUUACAAGCUACUAGUAGUACGAAGUCACUUCCGAUAAUGGAUAUAAAACCACCUAGAAAGCAGUCAAUUAUAAAUUUGCCUAAUGAAAAAAACCGUAAAAAUAAUGUUAAAGAAUUGAAUAAAUUAGCUAAAGUUAAGCAUAAUGAUGACGCAGAUAUCAAGGCUUUUCAGGAAAGACUAAGGCGUCAAAGGCGCAUAGACUUGUUAGAAAAACAGUUAGCAAAAGAGCAUGAGAUCCAAUCAAUUGAUCCUGAAGAUGGGAAACUAGAUGGUGGCUUUUGCGUUCCUGGUUCUAUUUGGAGUCGAUUAUUUGAUUAUCAAAAAAGAGGUGUCAGUUGGCUGUGGAAUCUUCAUCAAAAGGGAUGUGGUGGAAUUGUUGGUGAUGAAAUGGGUUUAGGAAAAACUAUACAGGUUAUUGCCUUAUUGGCUGGAUUGCAUUAUUCUAAGAUAGAGGAUCAAUCGCAUCGUUUGUAUUUAUCUGCAUCGAGUUCAAAUUCUGAAAUUCAACAAGAUUUCGUUGGAUUAGGUCCAAGUCUGAUUGUUUGUCCAGCUACAGUACUGAACCAAUGGAUGUCAGAAUUUCAUUCAUGGUGGCCACCUAUUCGUGUUGCUAUAUUACAUUCUACCGGAUCAGGUUACGGAAAACCGAAUAAACUUAUACAAACAAUAUCCAAUAAUCCAGGAAGUGUAUUACUAACCACCUAUGCUACUCUCGUAACCUAUCGUGAUGUACUGACAAGUCGAAAUUGGUCAUAUAUUAUUUUAGAUGAAGGCCAUAAAAUAAAGAAUCCAGAAGCUGAAGCCACAUUAGCUGUAAAACAUUUCUCCACUCCGCAUCGACUAAUUCUUUCUGGUAGUCCUAUUCAAAAUAAUUUACGCGAGUUAUGGUCACUUUUCGAUUUUGUAUGCCCGGGACGUUUGGGACCACUACCGGAAUUUAUGCAACAAUUUUCUAUACCGAUUACUCAGGGAGGUUAUGCUACUGCCUCACCACUCCAAGUUGAAGCAGCAUAUCAAUGUGCAUGUACUCUACGCGAUCUUUUAAAGCCAUACCUUAUUCGCCGACUCAAAGCUGAUGUACAAAUACAACUUCCGUCUAAAUCUGAACAAGUUCUAUUUUGUCGACUAACGGAAUAUCAACGGAAACUUUAUCGCGAAUAUUUGGAAUCACAAACAUGUAAAGAUCUGUUAAAUGGUAAAGGCAAUAUUUUUCCGUCUUUAAUCCUAUUGCGAAAUCUAUGCAAUCAUCCAGAUUUGGCUACAGGUGGACCGAGAGAUAGUUGUUUUUUAAAUGAAGAAUAUGAAGUUGAUAAACAAGGCAUUGAAAAUGUUUGCUUAUCUUAUUCAUGGUCGAGAUUUGGUUGUCCACGUCGAUCUAGUAAAAUGUUAGUGGUUGCUUCACUUCUUAAAAAUUGGUUUGAUCAAGGACACAAAGUUUUACUAUUCUCACAAGGUCGUAGGAUGCUUACAUUACUUGAACGUUUAGUACAAUUGAUGAAAUUACCAUAUCUUCGAAUGGAUGGAACAACACCUAUUAGUCAACGUCAUGAACUUAUUCGACGUUUCAAUUAUCGUAAAACAAAUAAUACUGAACAUGCAUCAUCAGAUCCUUGUGAUAUAUUUGUAUUUUUGUUAACUACACGUGUUGGUGGUCUGGGAGUAAAUUUAACUUCAGCUAAUCGUGUACUUAUCUAUGAUCCUGAUUGGAAUCCAACUACAGAUCUACAAGCACGUGAAAGAGCCUGGCGUAUUGGACAAUUACGUGAUGUUAUUGUUUACCGUUUAUUGACUAGUGGAACUAUUGAAGAGAAAAUUUAUCAGAGACAAAUAUUUAAACAAUUUCUUACUAAUCGAAUCCUUAAAAAUCCACGUCAACAACGUUUUUUUAAAACGAAUGAUCUUCAAGAGUUAUUAAGCUUUGAAGGGAGCGAUACAGAUAUGCAAGAUAAUUGUGAAACAACUUUAUAUCUACAAUCAGAAGGUAUGGGACAUACAGUAACUGAUAAUUAUUCGUCAUCAUCGUCAACAACAACAACACCAUCUAAUCGAUUUGAUAGACUUGCACAAAAACAAAAAGAUAAAUCAUCACAACAGAAGAAGCAUUGUGAUUUGGAUAGAGAAGACAGUAGCAGUGAUGGCGAUGAUGAUGAUGAUGAUGCUAAUGCUGAUGAAGACGACACAAUGGAGGCUAAUCAAGAGAAGAGUACAAAAAGAAGAAAAAUAACAGAUGACAGUGUAAAGUGUAGUUCAUCUGAGAAUACCGAUCCACAAGAUGAGCGUAGAAUUCAACUUCGAAAGCUUGCCAAAGAAAUAAGCCGUCGUAUAUCUGAAGGAUGCUUGGAUAAAAACGAUCCAGUUGAAUUUACUUCACCUGAUAAUAACAACAAUAAUAAUAAUAAUAAUAGGCAGACUAAGCAGAAAUCUUCAAGUCGACAUUAUAAGCGUAAAAAUAAAAAUAUAAACACUGGUCUUGAAAAAGAUGAUGAUUUUAUUAGAACUGUUCUAACAGGCGCCUCUUCCUCUUCUUCGUAUGGAAAUGAAACAGACAGCAAUCUGUUAACUGCUUCACUUGCAAAGAAGAGAUCAGUUGUAGAUCAAGAUAUACGUGAAGAAGCGAAUCGGAUUGCUAAUGAAGCCUUGAAAAAUAUUCAGAGAUUUUAUAAACCUAGUAGGACAAAGUCUGAAGAAUCAACUGAGAAAAACAAAGAAAACGUCAGAAAAGCAAAUCAUAAAGAAUCAUUGAAAAAAAGUCAUUCAAAUCAUCUGUCUUCAACUGAUAAAUCAUCUAAACUAAAAGAAAUCAAAUCCCACAAUAGUUCACCUUUCCUAAGUCAUAUAACUCAAAUAGUUCAACAUGAUCAAUUAUUAGACGAAAUGACAAAUCCAAAUCAUAUUGAUGUAUCGUUCAGUCAAAUAGAAGCGAAUCGGCUGGCCAGUGAUGCAAUUAAAGCUUUACAAGAAGAAGUAAUUAACUGGCAACGACAACAGUCUAACCGCUCUUCCUCUUCUACUCAGAAUACUGAACACAAGGUUACUUAUCCAUUCGGUCAGGCUAAAAAUCGUUUUCUUUGGAAUCCAAAUGAAUCGACGAGUUCGAGUUAUUUACAGCUUUUACAAUUAUCAGGUGAAUCAGAAGAUACAAAUGAAAAGUGGCAUUAUGAAAAUUCAGCUAGAUCUCAUGUUCGAUUCAGUUCAGAGCUAUUGUUCAGUCUUAUUCGUUUACGCAAAAUUUCCCGUCAAUGUCAUGCAUACAAUUCAACCGAUCAGAAAUCAGUUAACGCUAUGCUGAAUCAAUCAAUGCAACGUCUUUGUGCUGAAAUUAUUCGCAUACUUAGUACUUCUCCAUGUGUUACUAGUGAAUACUUGACAGUUCGAUUUGCAAAUAUUUUAAAUAAGAAUAAUAAUAAUGAUAAUUCAGAAGACUGUAAGAAAGGCUUACAACAAAACGGUAUGAACAGUGUUUCAAACAGAACUGCUACUAUAACUGCACAACAUUUUCGUGCACUGCUUAAACAAUUAGCUGUUAGACAUCGAGCGAAAAAACAAAAUCAUCCAUCAGAUAAGCCUUCACGUGGUCGUCUAGAUGAUAUUUGGAUAUUACGUGAUAAAUUUCGACCAGUCGCCAGCUACCUGUUUCUGCAUCUGGCAUCGGUUGAAAGACUGGAUCAAUGUGCUACUAUUGAUAUUACUACUACUAGUACUAGUACUAGUAGUAGUAGUAGUAGUAGGAGUAAUAGUUAUACUAACAUUUUUCAGCAAAUGUAUCAAUGA